CUUCUUCAAAGCGUUUAUGUGAUUUUUUUAUAGUUGUUGUUAUGGCUGUUCAAGCGCAGUUGUACCCUGAAAACUUGGGUUUAUCUUUGCCCAUUUGCGGCCUUCAGGAUUGCAUGUCAACCCCUGCACCAUUUGAUGCUGAUUUUUGUUACCCUCCUCAACAGAUGAUGAUUCCUUCCCAUCUGGACCAAAACGCUCAGAACUUUGCUUCUUCUUCGUCGUCAAUGUGUGAUGGCUUUCUCUCCAUGGCACUUUCUCAGUCUUUAGUUGCUCAAUCGGAGGUGCAAAGUCAGGAACUUGAUUUCAUUCUUCAUUUGCAGAAUGAGAGGCUAAAAUCUGUCCUACGAGAACAAAGGAGGCGGCAGCUGGCGACCUUGAUAAACGUCAUGGAAUCGAAGGCUUUGCAUUUGAUGAGGCGUAAAGAAGAAGACUUGGCACGAGCAACAAAGAAAACACUGGAGCUCGAAGCCUGCCUCAAGAAAGUGGAAAUGGAGAGCGAGUCAUGGGAAAGACUGGCGAAAGCAAACGAAGCAAUGGCGUUGGAUCUAAGCAACGCAGUGGAGCGGGUCAAAGAGGGACUAAUCAUGGUCAGCAAUGCAGCCGAAGAUGCCGAGUCCCUUUGCCGUGGCUCGUGUGAUGAUCAACAGGAAGUGAAAGAAGAGAGCAGUAAAAAGAUUGCUUGCCCCUGCAAACACUGCAAUUCUAGGAGCUCGUGCGUUCUCUUCCUACCUUGCAGGCACCUUUGCUCGUGCAUGUCUUGUGAAGCUUUUCUUGAUUCUUGUCCCGUUUGUAAAGCUGUAAAGGAGGCGAGCAUGAAGGUUUUUUGGGUCUAACAUUAAGCAAAGAAAAAGAAAAUGGUCAGUGAUUCAUGUACUGUCAUCAUGGU